CCACUUACUUACAUGUAGGUCAAAGAAGAAAGAUGUCCGCCUGUAGUCUUGUCCGCUGCUGCGUGUCUUCUAACUUUUCCCCACUUUUCCCUUUAUUAUCACGCCCGCUACAGCGUUCGUCUCAUCGGUUUUGUCCUAAAUUCUCGCUCCUAAGAAGCAUUUCGUCGUCGAGCCGGUUGUCAGCAGCACUCAAAUUCACAGACAAGCACGAAUGGAUUCGUGUAGGAGACGACGGAAUCGGGACUGUCGGUAUCAGCAACUUUGCUCAGGCGGCCCUGGGUGAUGUGGUUUACUGUGGACUGCCGGAGGUGGGGACCCAACUUGCCCAACAAGACGAGUUUGGUGCUCUGGAAAGCGUUAAGGCCGCUAGUGAGCUUUUCUCUCCAUUGACUGGGGAGGUGGUGGAGGUCAAUGCGCUACUGGCUGACAAACCAGGCCUGGUCAACAAAUCUUGCUACAAAGAUGGAUGGUUAAUGAAGAUGACCAUUGCCAAGCCUUCCGAGUUGGACUCCCUGAUGGACGAGGCGGCUUACGAGAGAUACAUUCGCUCCAUAGAGGACUAAAACUCGUUCACACUUUCCUCAAACACCCGCUCGGCCACUCUGCCAGUGUUGUGCAAAUGUGAAGAAUAGCUGCUUAUAAAGGUUCACUUUAAGGAACCUCAAAAAAGCUCCAAAACAAAGAAGUGAUGCUCGAGUAAGUCACGUUUAUUUCCUUGAUAUUUCAGUUGAAGCAGGCAUAAGUGUCCUGGACAAGAAAAGCACUUUGAAUUUGUAUGUACACUGUGGACAACUGUACAAUAAAUCUCAUGAUUAACAAAAAAAAAUAUUCCUCAA